AUCGCGAAGACGAUUAAGCGGUGAUUCUUUUCUUUUUUUUUNUUUUUUUGUGUGUGUUUCAUUCGCGCUUGCCGACGUGAAGUGAAUCGCGUGCACGAGUGCUGAGAGGAAGAAGCGGACGGAAGAACAAAGAGGAGGAGAGAAUAAAUAGUAAAAUCAGAGUGAAAGAGAAACUCGCGGUUGAAACGCCGCUCUGCAUUGGUGCGGCCGCUUUGGAAUCGUGCCCCACGUUUGAUCGAAACAGCGGACGUCGUACGCCUGGUGGAACGUAAAAGGCACAACGAACGAAUCGUUUCGUCGCUUAAUUUUCGAUCUCUCUAACAGCCACUCGGUGUUUGUCGCGAUCGCGUGUUUGGAUGAUGAUAUCACACAUUUAUGUUAUCGUGAUAGCGAAAUCGGAAAAAAGCACGAGGAGGCAGAGAUAAUCGAGAUUAUAAUCGUUAUAUUAUUUGUCAGGGGAAACUCCGAUCUCUGUAGAUUGUAAUUCGUAAUUUGUAAGAGUCACAAGCAUGCAUCUUGGACGAAGCGAGACGAGGUGGCAACGCGACGGUGGCCGCUCGUAGAGAGGUACUCGCCGCGGUGGUGGAAACAGCGGAUAAAAUGCAGCUGGCAGCGACACAGAGACCUCAUCCACCACCGGUACCACCGCGGCCGAGCCGGCAGGUGGUCGCCGAAGCCCUUAAAAGAUCACCAAGGCCACCCUGCCCGACUAGACAGGCCCCGCCACCGCCAAACACAAAACCGUGGAGAUCGGAUCGUGACCGGUCGAACAAUCGGCAACAGCAGCAGGUGGUGAGUCCAGCUGCUGGUCGAACGGUCGUUUACGAGUCGAUCAAAGAUUCGGUACCGAAGGAAACCGGGAACGAAAGUGGCGAUCAUCGUGACGACUCAGCUCGGUUCGUCGUCGGCGGCGGCGGCGGCGGCAGCAACGAACUCGUUCCUCGAGUCGCGAGUGAAAGGCGCACGGACGAGGACGAGCGUCGUGGAAAUCCGCGGGAAAGGCGGCAUCGUAGUACAACCGUCCCCGGUCAGGAAUAUCGGGGAAAUUUCAGUGAAUCGAGCAUCGUCACUGGUGUCGACGUUGCCUGUCGAGAGGGUCGCGCGUCGCCAAACGAACAUUUUUCGAACGGCGUGGCGACCAGCGACGAGAAGUCAUCGUCGGCCAAUGACAACGGUAAACAGUGUAGUAACGACGAUGAACCAGCUUUGGACAACUCGUUGCCCGAAUCGGCCGCCUUGGGAUCGUUGGAUCGGAGCUCGGUCGAGUCAUUGGACGACGUGUUGCGUUCCCAUCACCGUUUCGAGUCGCCGGUGGAAAAGUCGAAGUCGAACUUGCCAGAGAAGAGCCACCACUGUUCGGAGAGAAGGCCAACGCCAACUCAGAGAUCGUGUGCCGUGAAGCAUCGGGGGGAUACGACGAGUUCGACGAGGAAAAGCGCGGUAACUCGGUCUGCGGACGAUUCGUGUGCGAACGAUCAAGCCUCGAACGUUUCGAACGUUCUUGAUCGUGGUACGGUGGUUGUUGUCGACGAAUCGGAUCGUAGGGCUGCCGCGUCGAAUGAUCACGUUGAGAAACAAAACGGCGGCGAGCAUCAUAAGGACCGUACCAACGAAAAUGAUAACGACAACGACAACAUUCAUCGGCAAGAUUGGCUGGAAGCCGGUAUCCAUUAUUCAUCUACGCAGAUUAGGUUGUCUGGCGAAGACGGGGACAUCGUCGAUGGGAGCCGAGUCAACGGGUACAAUCGUUGUGAAAACGAGAAGUUCAGCGACAUUAACGUUCCGAGCAUACAAGAGAGAAUCGCGAUGUCUUCCCUGCAAGGUCUACCACCGUUACCGAGGAGUCUCAGUGGAUUCAAUUUGAGCGGUGGACGAAGCGAGGGUUGCGAACCGCCUCCGCCGCCUACUAGAUCUUCCAGUAAAACACAAAGAGGCGGCAAAAUUUCGAUCCAGUCGUCGUCCAGGCCAUCGCCACCUGCCAGGCAACUAACCACGUUGGACACGCAGCUGGCUAUACUCAGGAGAGAAAUGUUUGGCCUUCGACAGCUGGAUCUCUCUUUGUUGGCGCAACUUUGGUCUUUGAACGAAUCUAUUCAAGAAUUUCGACAGCUUCUGCAAGAACAAGAAGACAGAGCACCGUCACCUUCGCCCAGCAGCGAAGAAGGGGACGAUACCACUUACGGAACCCAUCCUCCACCACCUCCGAGGAGACCGGCUCCCGGUGUACACCUUCACAGACCACCCAGGCCACCCAGACCACCCAGGCCACCACCUAGCGACGAAUCACCAUCUAGCGAAGAGUACGGAGCUGUUUGAUGCCUGCAACUUCAAAUUGUCUGCAUAUCAAACCAUUUUCCUCAACUACUUGAUCGACGAAACAUGUUGUUUGAACAAUUAGUAGAUGUCGGAUCGGUGAUUCGAUGUCAAUCGAUGCGGCGAUCACUUCUACCUGUACAAGUUGUCCGAACGACGUUACCUAAGAAUGCAGUCUAAUGCAUCGUUGUAAAAAAAAAGAAAAAAAACUUGUUGAUGCUUGAAGGUACCUGUAACGUUACAUGUCAUUACGGAGACAUUCGGAAAUUCUACUGUUCGACGAGGUUUCUUAUAGUUGCAACCGACCACUCGCGACAGGUCGUUGAAAAAAUCACGCAAUGUGUGAAUUUGUACGGGUGAAUAGCUAUAGUAUUUGAAAACGCAUACCAUUCGUUGAUUCACGAAACUGUCAAUGUCAAUCCAAAAAAACAACGAUCCUCUUUCUCUUUCUAUAUACACACACACACACACACACAUAUAUAUAUAUAUAUACAUAUAUUUCUUAGAUAAAGAAAAGGUUUAUUGUCCUCAAUGAGAACUAUUUCAGUUCGAUACACUCUUUUUCUCUAUUUGUGAUAGCAGUCGAAUGGGGCCUUUAAUUAACUACGAUAGACGAUUCGUUUGCGCUAAUCGAGAUAUUUAUCCGCGAUUCAUAUUGGUUGGAAGGACAGUUGGAAAAGAUCCGAGCCUACGGGACGACAAAACGGCUAGUGAGAUCCAAAGAACCGCAUUCGGAAGUUCUUGUCUCUUCCAUGUUUCUCCACUAUUACGUCCAUUAUAGAGUUUUCUUUCUUGUUGAGAUACGAACAAACGUACUGAUGAGCCAGACGAUGAGAAUCUUCGAAUUACGAGAAGACGACUUAUAAAGAUUUAUGUAGAUUAAUUCGAAUAUGUAAAAUAAAGGGAAGAACGCACGAUACGAAAAA